AUGCAGUUGGCCUCAUCCUCGCUAAAGUACCUCGCCUCCAUCAGCUGUGCAGCAGUUGGCCUCAAAGCUGGGUCUGCAGCAGCAGCAGCAGCAGCAACAGCAGCAGCAGCAGCAGCAGCAGCAGCAAUACCAACACGUAAAUGUUUGAAGACAGGCGGAGGACAGACAGGGACUGCAGUACCGCCAACAACAGCAGCAGCAGCUUCAGCAAACGCAGCAGCAGCAGCAGCAGCAAUACCAUCAACAGCGACAACAGCAGCAGCAGCAGCAACAGCAGCAGCAGCAGCAGCAACAGCAGCAGCAGCAGCAGCAACUCCUCCUCCUCAGGAAUUUCUUCUAUCAGCAAGUGAGAAGGAGGAGAUAUCACAGCACCCGCAGCAGCAGCACCAGCAGCAGCAGAAACAGCAGCAGCAGCACCAGCAGCAGCGAAAACAGCAGCAGCAGCACCAGUAG